AUGUCCGCUCGCCGGCCCAUAUACUUCAACCCCGCCGCGGCAAAUGCACGCUGCGACCCUCAAGAUAUCCAAGGUCUCAAAGAAUUCCAUCAAUCACUACCCAACUACGCCCCGACACCGUUGACUCCCGUACCUGAGCUCGCAAAAGAAUUAGGCGUUCGUGCCGUUUUUGUCAAGGAUGAAAGUGAUCGGUUUGGCCUCCCGGCUUUCAAAGUCCUGGGUGCCUCGUGGGGCUGCUAUCGGGCUGUUACCACCCAUCUGGGCCUCCCGCCCACGAUUGGCUUGGAUGAGUUGUCGGCUAGAGUGAAGGACGCUUCGAUUACGCUGGUUGCGGCUACGGAGGGUAAUCAUGGACGAGCUGUUGCCUUCAUUGCGAGACUGCUCGACAGCAAGGCGGAUAUCUUUGUUCCGCGGAGUAUGGAUGAGUCUACACAGCGGCUCAUUGGGAGCGAGGGCGCCCGUGUGAUUGUUGUCCAGGGUGACUAUGAUCAGGCAGUGAGGGAGGCAGCAGAUGUCGCUCAGGCUAUUGCCGGGGGCAUUUUGGUGCAAGAUACUGCCUUUGAUGGCUACGAAGACAUUCCCUCGUGGAUUGUAGAGGGAUACUCGACAAUGAUGAUGGAGGUCGAUGAACAGAUCGCCAAGGAAGGCCUGCAGUGCAACCUCGUUGUUACACCUGUUGGAGUUGGCAGUCUGGCGCAGGCAGUAGCGAGACACUGCAAAUCUAGAGAUGCGCCCAUAUCGGUUGUGGCGGCGGAGCCGGACUCAGCACCUUGUCUGCAUUCUAGCCUGGGAUCUGGGAAACCGGUCGCUGUUCAAACGUCGUCGACGAUUAUGGAUGGGAUGAACUGUGGUACCGUGUCGACCACUGCGUGGUCUUAUUUACAAAGACUUGUUGAUGCAUGUGUUACAAUUUCUAGUCAUGAAUGCCACGCCGCAGUUGAAUACCUCGCUACCCAGUCGAUAAAGGCUGGACCUUGCGGUGCUGCAUCGUUGGCUACGCUGAAGCGGCUUGCUGCGGCAAAGGAGGCGCAAACUCUCCUGAACAAAGACACCGUGGUUGUUCUACUCAGUACGGAAGGUCCACGGCCGUAUCCCAUCCCGAAGGAAGUGUCCGUGGAAGACUCAGUCGGGCUGACGCAGAUCCUCACGACGAUCAAUUCCUCGAAUCCCUCACUAUCGUUGACAGACGGUGCUGGAGAGAACCAGAUCGCAAACUACUUGGCCGCGUGGUUUGCUCACCGAGGCAUCGAACAUCACUGGAUCGAGACCGUCUCCGGGAGACCAUCCAUCGUCGGAGUCCUGCGCGGUUCCGGGGGAGGUAAGUCCUUGAUGUUCAACGGCCAUAUCGACACCGUAAGCCUCUCAAGCUACGAGAAAGAUCCUCUGUCGGGAACAUUGGGUGAGAAAGACGGCCGGCAAGUAGUGUUCGGAAGAGGCAGUCUCGAUAUGAAGGGAGGUUUGGCAGCAGCACUGGCAGCAGUAUCAGCCGCCAAAGCCAGCGGCCACAAUCUUCGCGGGGAUGUGAUCGUUGCUGCUGUUUCGGAUGAGGAGGAUGCUUCUCAAGGCACACGCGACCUGUUGGCAGCAGGUUGGCGUGCCGAUGCUGCAGUCAUUCCUGAGCCUACCAUGGGCCAGGUAGUCACAGCCCACAAGGGAUUUCUGUGGGUUGAGAUCGAUAUCCUCGGCGUUGCUGCUCACGGAUCCAACCCCGGUGCAGGACAAGACGCUAUUCUUUAUGCCGGUUGGUUCCUUCGUGCUCUUGAGCAAUAUCAACAGCAGCUACCUGUCGAUGACGUGUUGGGGCCGGCAUCCUUGCAUUUUGAAUUCCGUACUAUACCCUGUCAGACGCAGGAGUCGAUCUUAAGUGACCUUAAGAACCUUUUGGAGGGUAUUGUCCGGGAGAACCCAAAGUUCCUGUAUUCGGAGCCUCGCGCUACCAUGCUCCGCCCGACGCAGAAGUUGGCGACUGGCCAUCCCUUUGUUGAGAGAGCGCUCGCUUGUGCAACUGCUGUGCUGGGGAGUACUCCUCAAGUAAGCAGUGCACCUUUCUGGUGCGAUGCGGCGCUGCUCAGCGAGGCAGGAAUUCCGUCAAUAGUGUACGGUCCUAGAGGUGAGGGACUACACAGCAAGGAGGAAUGGGUCGAGGUCGAGAGUCUGCAGCACCAGGAGAAUGUCUUCAGGAGACUGAUUGAAGACUUUUGUCGGUGA